AUGGCUACCAUGCCGCCUGAGCAUCCACUGUCUCAAUGGGAAUCAAGGUUCCAUGCAGCUUUUGACACUAUAUGCACAGCUUUCUGGACCCGGAUCGAGUCCCGCCAGACGAGACGAUUACUUACCCAGCCUGUGACGGAGGGUGUCCCCAGCGACAUCCCAGCACACUGCUCUCCUUCUGGGCAGAGAGCCAAAAAAGACAUCAUGUCCAUCAGCCAUCUACGACCCUGUGGGACUGCUUGCAUAGUGGGGGUCUCACAGGACAUCAGCCCCUCUGAAGAUGGGGGACUAAGUGGUCAAAAGGCACCUGCUCAUGUGCUGGCCUGGGCUUGGGGAGCGGAGAAGCUGGAAUAUGGCUGUACCACCUAUGGAGAUCUGAGCGACCUCCAGGACAGAGAAUUGCACUCUGAAGAGAUAGAAGAGCUCAGAGAAGCAUUUAAAGCAUUUGAAAAAGAUAAGGAUGGCUACAUAAGUUGUAAAGACUUGGGAGACUGUAUGAGGACCAUGGGGGACAAGCCAACUGAGAUGGAGCUUAUUGAGUUGUCACAGCAAAUUAACAUGAACCCUGGGGGCCACGUAGAUUUUGAUGAUUUUGUGGAGUUGAUGGGACCCAAGCUUCCUGCUGAGACAGCAGAUAUGAUUGGAGUAAAGGAGCUUCGAGAUGCUUUCAAAGAGUUUGAUACUAAUGGUGAUGGAGAGAUCAGUACAAGUGAACUCCGUGAAGCAAGGAAAAAGUUCCUCGGACAACAAGUUGGCCACGGGGACAUUGAAGAUAUUAUACGUAAUGUUGAUUUCAAUGGUGAUGACCAGGUGGACUUUGAAGAAGGACCCUACAAAAUGAUGAAAAAGAGCAGACCUCUGUAUGCAUGA